AAGAAAGAAAAAAAGUGUGGGUGGUGUAUAAAGGAUUUUCAACAAAAAGAACAGACAAGGCAGGAAUAUAUAGCACAAAACUCUGUGGGAGAGAAUGAGUCAUGGAAAAUUAAAAAAUUUGAAUUGCCUCUGGCCUUUCCUGACAACCUUAGAAAGCACUGAGGAAAAAAAUUGAUGGAUUCAUUUUUAAACAAUCCUAUUUGAAGACUUCUGCUCAGAUUUCAACAUCAAGGGAUAAAACAAUCUUUCUACUUCUCAAACUUUUUGAGACAGGGUCUCACUAAGUUACUAAGGGCCUAAGUUGCUGAGACUGGCCUGCAACUUGUAACCAUCCUGCCACAGUCCAAGUUCCUGGGAUUACAGGAAGUAUAUGCUGAAAUAUUUAGAAGUGGGCAUUAUGUUUGCAACUUAUUCUCAAAUGUUACAAGCAAACAAUAAUGGAGAGAGAAGCUCAAAAGAAACAUGGCAAAAUGUCAACAUCUGGGGAAUCUUGAUUAAGGUACUGCUAAACCACUGAGCUACAUUCCCCAGCCCUUUUUAAAUUUUAUUUUGAGACAGAGUCUCACUAAAUUGCUGAGGCUGGACUAGAACUUGCAAUCCUCCUGCCUCAGACUCUUGAGACACUGGGAUUACAGGUGUGUGCCACCCUGUCCAGCUUAAAAAUCUUUUUUUUGUUUAAACCUCACUGGAUGGGCUUCAGAACAGAAUGAACAAGACAGAAGAAACAAUCAAUGAACUUGAAAACAAAAUAAUAAUAAUAAUUUGAACAGCACAAAGAAGUGGAUCUAAAAAUACGAGCAGAGCCUCAGAAAUCAGAUUUGACACUGUGUCAUUUUAGUUCCAGAAGGAGAUGAAAAAGAGUGUGAGACUGAAAAUAUGUCACAAAAAAUAAUGACUGAAAUCCUUUCAAAUUUGGUGAAAAAAAUAAACUUCAGAUUCAACAAGCUGAAUGAACUCCAAGCAAAAUAAGUUCAAAGAAAUCUAUGCCAAGACAAUCAUAAACAAUAAUAAUAAUUUUCAGAAAAAGAUAAAGAUAAAAUCUUGAUAGCUAGUGAAGAAUGACACAUUAACUACAGAGAAACAAUGAUUCCACAGACAGUAUAUUUUUCUUAGAAUUCAUCAAUACCAGAAGGAAACAAUACGUUUUUCAAGUGCCGAAAGAAAAGAGCAAUCCAUCCAGAAUUCUAUACCCAGCAAAAAUAUUUGUGAAAUCAAGGCAUUCUCAAAUGAAGGAAAACUAAGAGAAGGUGCUACAAGCAGACAUGUACAGAGAAGGAAUGACUAACACAAGUCCUUUAAACAGAAAAGAAAUGAUAAAAGAAGGAAAUUUAUGGGGCUGAGGUUGUAGCUCAGUGGUUGAGUGCUUGUCUCGAAUAUGUGAGGAACUGGGUUUGAUCCUCAGCACCACAUUAAAUAAAUAAAUAAAACAAAGAUAUUGCAUCAAUCUACAACUAAAAACAACUUUUAAAAAAUAAAUAAAAGAAGGAAAUUUAGAACAACAUUAAUGAAAAAAUAACAGAAAGAGUAAAAAUAUAGAAUGGAUUGGUUUCACUGCAACCAAUGUUUUCGAAAAGAUGGGGCCCAUUUCUUUGUUACCAGCUGUGGCCAUAUUUUCUGUAAAAAGUGUGUGAGUCUGGAAAAAUGUGCUGUUUGUGGAACUCCUUGCAAACAUCUGGCUCUUUCUGAUAAUCUAAAACCUCAGGAGAAGAUGUUCUUCAAAAGCCCUGUGGAGACAGCUUUGCAGUAUUUUAGUCAUAUCUCUCAGGUGUGGAGUUUCCAGAAGAAACAAACAGAUCUCCUCAUCGCCUUUUAUAAGCAUAGAAUUACAAAGUUAGAAGCAUCCUUACAGGAAGCACAGCAAACGGUGGCCAGCCAGGACAAAGAGCUGUCAACCUUAAGAAAGGAGAAUGGAGAACUGAAGAAAUUUCUAGCCCUACUAAAGGAAUCUCCAAGUCGGUACCAAGGAAACAGGCUGACCACACCUCGACCAGUGGGCAUUACUUCUCCAUCACAGUCAGUUACUCCACGACUCAGUUUCCAGCAUAGCAGCCAAGUGGUCAGUCGGUCCUCCUCUGUGGAGUCUCUCCCUUAUAGAGUGGCUGGCUUUGGUAGCGCGGGCCAAGGAGGCAGAGGACUGCAGGGAAGGAGCACUCCCAGAGACUCUUACGCUGAAACCCCUUCACCAGCUUCAACUCACAGCCUAUCUUACAGACCUUCAUCUGCCUCCUCUGGACAGGGGAUUUUGUCUUUCAAACCAUAUCUAAAUGGAGAUUCAGGCCACACAAGAGUCCUCACCCCUAACAAUUCUGGUCAGAGGGAGAACAGAACCACACUAGAGAGUCUUCCAGGUUUCCAGCUACCAGUCCUUCAGACUCUCUACCAACAGAGGCAGAUGGGAUUAGCCAGGGAGAGAGAAGAAUGGACCACUUCCAGAUAAGCCAUCAUCAAGGACUGAUCUAUACAUAUUGCUGAAGGAUGGACUGUAGUAUCCAGUACUCAUUAGCAGAAAUGACCUUGGAAAAUGUGCCCCUGUUUUGUUUCCUGGUUUCAUUCUGUACCUUAUUUCCUUUUGAUCUUUAUACUUGAUAUUACCUCUCAGGAAAGUGGUCAGGUCUAAAUAAGACUAAUGAUGUUUCUCCCUGAGAAAGUAUAUUACUCCUUUCAUUUCCUAACAAUUUGAAACUAAGGCUAUAAAAUUAAUUUUUGGCAUCAUGCUUGGAAGUGAGGAGACUGGGUAAUAUAUUCAUCAACUUGUUUCAUUUCUGGAUUUCAUUUUUUAGCUUUGGGUAUAUUUUACCAUGCCUAUGUUAUGUUAUCAAGUACCAACUCUUGUUCUUACCCUAUUAUGCUUUUCCUAUUUUUUGUUUCUCUACAACUAUUUACUAUUAAAUAUGUUGAUUUUCCUUUGUUAAAAUAAUUGGAGACACAGAUAUACAGCUUAUUGGAAGAUAUGGAUGAACCAAUGGAGUUAACUCCAAGCCUGUUGAAUCUGUCACUGCUGAGACCUCAGAAAUUUUAAUCAUUAUCAUCUGACCACUGGAAAACAACAUGUGUGGUGACAGAUUCCAACCUACUGCCUUUUAGUUUUUGUUCUUUUAGUUUACCUCAAGUCCUGCCCCUUCAAAUAAUAAAAUGUAUACUAAAUCUGAACUCUUUUAAAAGCAAUGCUGGGGAUCAAACUCAGGGCUUCACACAUGGUAGGAAAGUGCUCUACUACUUGAGCCACACUCCCAGCCCCUAAAUCAGAAAUGUUAAUGGACUUGGCUCCAUUAAUCUCUAAACCAUAGGCAUGGUAAAGUGGAGAAAAGAGAAACAAUUUUAUUUUUGGCCUUUUUAUUAUUAUUCUAACAAUUUGGGGCUUCCACUCUUAUUUUUAGAUAGUUAACCCAUUGAUGUCUUUUUCUUUGUGUAUGAUCCCAACUGAAGAAAAUCAUUCCAAAACAUCAAUAAUUAAUUCAGUUAAGAGAGGGAAAAUUCUCUUUGGAUGCAAAUUGAGCCAAGGAGGUUGGGGUGGGGGUUGGAAAGAAGAAAAAUCAGUCUUUGUCAAACUAGAGAGGAGCUUGUGUCAAGUUUGUAAAACCAAACCUGGAACUUCCUACCAUCCGUCCUUUGAACAGGAGAAAUCAUCCCCUCUUCUCCAUCACUCUAUUAUGUAAUUCUACUUUUUUAAAGGAUAUCUUCUCCUAAUUCUCACCUCCAAUAAAUAUCCAGACUAAAUA